AAGCUAACAACACUAAUGAUUGCUUCGCUGCUUGCAUUCUAUUCCCUAUUCUCAAUCGCAAUGGCCGCCAACAAGGAACGCACUUUCAUCAUGGUUAAGCCCGAUGGAGUCCAACGUGGACUCGUCGGCAAGAUCAUUGAGCGUUUCGAGCAGAAGGGCUUCAAAUUGGUCGCCUUGAAGUUCACUUGGGCAUCCAAGGAAUUGUUGGAGAAGCACUAUGCUGAUCUGUCUGCCCGUCCCUUCUUCCCCGGUUUGGUCAACUACAUGAACUCCGGUCCAGUGGUUCCCAUGGUGUGGGAGGGUCUCAAUGUGGUCAAGACCGGCCGUCAAAUGUUGGGCGCCACCAACCCCGCCGACUCCUUGCCCGGCACCAUUCGUGGUGAUUUUUGCAUCCAGGUUGGCCGCAACAUCAUCCACGGCUCGGAUGCUGUCGAGUCUGCCGAGAAGGAGAUUGCACUGUGGUUCAACGAGAAGGAGCUCGUCACCUGGACCCCAGCUGCCAGCGAUUGGAUUUACGAAUAAAUGAUAGAUGUGCAUGUGUAGAAUUUGCAUUUUAAUGUGUUUCUAAGACUAACACCGAGAUUCUUUAAAAGAAUUAAAAAUUCCACAUUAUGUAUUGUAAA